UAACUAGUAGGGGAUCUACACCAAGCAUGGCCACUGCCGCCUCGAAUCCCUACAGCAUUAUCAGCUCGAGCUCUAUGGUGCACGCAGACUCGGCGGUCAUGCAAGGGAGCCCUUUCAGGAAUCACCAGAAACUUCUCCAGAGCGAAUACUUACAAGGAGUCCCCAGCAAUGGACACCCCCUCGGUCACCAGUGGGUGACCAGCUUAUCCGAGGGGAGCCAGUGGUCAGCGGCGUCUCUGGCGGCCAGUCCUCUGGAGCAGCAGGAUGUAAAACCGGGGCGCGAGGACCUGCAGCUCGGGGCGAUCAUCCACCACAGGUCGCCGCACGUCGCGCACCACUCGCCGCACGCGAGCCACCCGGGCGCGUGGGGAGCGGCCGUGUCGCACAACACGUCGGCGAGCGGCGGCGCGCAGCCCGUCAACAUCUACACGCAGGCGGGCUUCACGGUGAACGGCAUGCUGGAGCACGGGGCCAUGACGCCCCCCGCGAACUCGGCGCAGAGCGGGGGCUUGCACGCGGGGCUGCGGGACACGCCGGAGCACGCGGACCAGCACCACCACCACCACCACCACUGCCACGAUCACUCGGACGAGGAGACGCCCACGUCAGACGAGCUCGAGCAGUUCGCCAAGCAGUUCAAGCAGCGGCGCAUCAAGCUGGGCUUCACGCAGGCGGACGUGGGGCUCGCGCUCGGCACGCUCUACGGCAACGUGUUCUCGCAGACCACCAUCUGCAGGUUCGAGGCGCUGCAGCUCAGCUUCAAGAACAUGUGCAAGCUGAAGCCGCUGCUGAACAAGUGGCUCGAGGAGGCCGACUCGUCCACGGGCAGCCCGAGCAGCAUCGACAAGAUCGCGGCGCAGGGCAGGAAGAGGAAGAAGCGCACGUCCAUCGAGGUGUCCGUCAAGGGCGUCCUGGAGACGCACUUCCUCAAGUGCCCGAAGCCGGCGGCGCAGGAGAUCUCGUCGCUGGCCGACAGCCUGCAGCUCGAGAAGGAGGUGGUGCGCGUGUGGUUCUGCAACCGGCGGCAGAAGGAGAAGAGGAUGACGCCGCCCGGGGGGGACCAGCCGCCGCAGCCGCACGAGCUGUUUGCGCACGGCGCGAGCGCGGACGCCUCCGCGUGCCACGACCUCUGACAGCG